CAUAAUUUUAGCCAAUUGUAAUGCAGACUGAGAUUGCAGCGAUCUAGGGCUGUGAAAACAAAGAAGCCGGUAAAAUCUUCUAAAUUUUCCAAAAAAUCUCCAGUUCUGUGAAGAACAAAAAUGUCUGAAGGUGCAUCCCCAAGGAAAAGAGGCAGGCCCCCCAAGACUGGGGGUACAGAACUUGAGCCUGCACUGAAAGCACCCAAGGAGGAUAGUGUACCAGCUGGCUUAGAAAUGACAGUUGAAAGUGUGGGCAACAGUCCUGUUGCUGAGAAACGAGGAAGGGGCAGGCCACGGCUACCAGACUCUGAGAAAAAAACAAAGCCUUAUGUAUCCAGUGGAAGACCUAGAGGACGACCAAGAAUCCAUACAAAGAGUGAUAAACCAAAAGGUCCCAGAGGUCGCCCUAAAAAGAAUCCAGAAGCUCCUUCUAAAAAAGAUGAAUUAGCAGAUGAUGUGGCAGCAGUAAAAGCAGCAUCGGCAAAAAAAGAAGAAAGCAGCUCAGGAACUCCCAAACGUGGCCGAGGACGUCCCAAAGGCACCAAAAAGAAGGGUCCAAUUAAGUUGAAAAUAACUCUAACUGGUCAAAAGAAAGGCAGAGGACGUCCUAGAAAAUCCGAGGCACCUGUAGAAGCCGAGGAGGAAUCGGAGGAGGUGGAAGAGGAGAAUGGGGCGGCGGAGUCUACCUGAAAACCUGGACAAUAUACUGUAAAUGCAAAGGCCCACUCACACAAGCCACCACCAGGACUGUUCUGCACAGCUGUUGUUCUUUUUUUUUUUUUUUUUUUUUUUCUGGAGCCUAUUUUAGUAAUCUUCCAUCAUCUGACAAUUUCUUGUUGCAUAUUUUGUUCACCGAAUCUCCAUUUUAGAUAAUAUGCAACUACACCAUUUAUUUGCUAAACAAGUUUUUUUUCUUUUUUUUUAAUGGGUCCCAGGACUUGUAGCUUCUGUUCUAAUACCCGUGUGCCACUGAAACAUACAGAGGAAAGAUUAUCACCUCUGUAAACGUACUCUUUGAUAGCAUGCUUUUGUGAGAAUAUGCAGUUGAUUGCAGUCACUUCAGAUUUGAUUGCCUUUAUCCAGGAACAAAAUUUCCUCAUUUUACUACAAAAAAUAGGAAGCAAAAGGAUUUAGCAUAAGAAGGUUAUAAAAUUAGAUAAUUCUAGUAGAGGUUAAAGAAGAGACGGGGUUUCCUGUUUUGAAGUAUUAGCAUUCUUUGCUCCCAUCCCUGAAGACAACGUGCUGUGGACUUGACUGACGUAAAGCAGUCAACAUCCACUGUGUUAUGUGAACGCAGAACAAGCACACCACCUUAUAGUGUGGAGGGCUCAGGAAUCGUAGAGAGUAAAUAUAGAGAUUGAAAAUUAUUUUUACAAAGUGCACUUUGCCUGUUAGAAAAAAAUUAUAUAUAUUCUAGUGUAGAUGUAAGUAGGAUUUUAGGAAGUUUUUUUUUCUUAGUUUUGUCUUUGUUGUGUGUAUGUGUGUGUGAAACCAAACUUCCUAAAUAACAGUUUGCAUGUAAAAACAUGCGUUUUAUUAUUAUAAGUAUUGUUAAUCACUGAAAAUCAUAGCAUUUCUGUUAUUCUGAUGAGGUAUAUUGGAGUGAACCUUCACUAAGCAGCAUAGGUUUAUAUAUCAAUUCUUCAUUACUUGGAAGGUUCUAAGAUAAUGAUUAUUCAUUGUUUAUAAGAAAGCAUUGUAGACAGCCGCCAGUAGUUAGUAAUAUGGGUGCUGAAGAGAAACUGCAGUCACUCACUAUGAUGGAAUUCAUUUCCUAGUGUUUGUAUGCUUUGGGUUUUUUUUUAUUUAUUUAUUUAUUUAUUUUU